CGCAAGAUGCGUUUGAGUGUAUAGUGUUUAAAUACCAUAAAUAGUGAAAUUGUGAUAAAUAAAGGAUAUAUAAUGGAAAACGAUGCACAAAAACCCGACGAAGGUAAAGAGGAAGCUUUAAAUAAUAACAUAGUACAUAAAGAAAAACAUACAGACGACGUCCAAAAAGAAAAAGAAGUACAAAUAAUUCCAAAUAAGUUUAAAAGGAGAUUUGAAAAUUCAUUUACAAAUAUAUUUUUUCUCGUUUGUAUAACUGGGAUCUCGUUAGGCAUACUGUUAGAGAUUGUCAACGUUGUCAGACGAAAUCAAAAACCCGAAGCCGCAAUUGCAACAGAUAAAGCAAGCAAUCUAAAUCCAAAAUAUUGGAUGUACCCAAACACUAAGGCAAUAAAUAGCAGAGACGAUUUUCUGAAACACGUGCAUGUGGUCCUUGAAAGAGUGGGAUACGAGAAAAGUACAAAUGAAACGCCCUGGGACCUGUUAUGGUCACAUCCCAACCCAUUUAUUGACAUCAAUCUAAAGAAAUUAAGUGGCAAUCAGAAAGUAAACCACUUCCCAGGCACGGGGUUCAUUACCUGUAAAGUCGAGUUGGCAACAUCUCAAUCAGAUUUUAUACCUAAAGCUUUCAGAUUACCAAACGACAAAGAUGACUUCUUGAAGUACGCUGAGAAUAACAAAGACGCAUUAUUUGUACAAAAACACAACAAUCAUAGAAAUGUACAUUUAAAAAACGUGACUGAGAUUGACUUGUCUAAUAACAAGACUUUUGUUCAAGAAUUUAUUCAAAGACCGUUCUUAGUGGACGGACAUAAGUUCGAUAUUGGCGUGUAUGUGGUGCUGGAGUCUGUGAAUCCUCUCAGAGUUUAUUGGUACAAGGGCGACAUACUAUUCAGAUUCUGUCCGACGAAGUACUACCCAUUUGAUCCAAGUAAUGUGGAUAAAUAUGUGAUAGGUGACGACUAUUUGCCCACUUGGGAGGUGCCCUCUCUGGCACACCCCUACACAGCACUAGGCAAUACUAUGAAGGAAACCUUCGACAUCUAUGCCAGAUCUGUAGGCAAAGAUACUACCAAAAUGUGGCAGGAUGUCCAGGCAGCUAUAACCGAGAUAUUUAUUAUGAAAGAAUCGAUCAUCGAUAACCAUUUCAAGGCAUACUCGUCGCCAGAAAACUUCUUCGAAAUGAUGAGGUUCGACUUGAUCGUCGAUGAAAAUUUGAAAGUGUAUCUACUGGAGGCCAACAUGGGACCAAACCUAAGUUCUAAACAUUUCCCACCAAACCAGCUGCUGUAUGAACAAGUGUUGACAUAAAAGCUGUAUUAGAGAAAGUCAAAGAUCUGUCAUUGAACAACAAACUCCUACACUUGUGGUAUCAGGGGAAGUGUAACCAAGACUUGACGUGGUGCUUGUAAUAAAGAUUUAUACUAAACCUAAGUACCUAACUUAUUU